CCAAGAAGGAGCAAAAAAUAGAGAAAGAAAAAUGGCAAAAUCCUCUGAAUUCGUCCUCCUUUUCUUCUUGAUCUGUAUUUCGUCCUCCCUCAGCUUCGCCUACGGCAAAAACGCUACUGACCCGAGUAAGUUCAUUGUCGUAGGCCGUGUUUACUGCGACACUUGCCGUGUCGAAUUCGAGACCAAACUCAGCCAACCCAUAAGUGGUGCAACUGUGGUGCUGGACUGCAAGAACCGAAUCGACGGAUCGUACACGUACCGCAGUCUGUUAAUGUUAACCGAUAAUAACGGAUACUACAAAAUCGAAGUGGAAGGUAAUUACGAGGAUUCUGACUGCGACGUCUCCCUGGUGAAGAGUCCUCGGCCGGAUUGCAACGAACCGACCGAAGUGUGGAGGAAAGCCAGGGUGGUCCUCACCACCGACGACGGCGUUAGCAGCGAAAUUCGCUUUGCCAACAAUCUUGGGUUCAAGAUGAAGGAAGCUCUCCCUGAGUGCAAACAAGUUCUUACGGAGAUGGGCUAUUAUGAACUUAGGGAUGAAGUUGGAAACGAUAAAUACUUCCCUUGAACACAGGGCUAUUAAAAACUUUAAUAUUAUGU